AUGAAGUCCUUGAAGCCAAGAUCAGUGGUAUCCUCUUUCAUCUGCUCAAAUGCAGGAGAACCCAAAAUUGCCAUUUUUCGGCGAAGUGAUAAAGUCAGCACAUAUCAGCACCACCUCGCUCCCAUCUCGGGCAGUAUAGAAAGUCCCGAAAGUCCACUAGCAGCAGCAUGGCGGGAGCUGAGAGAGGAGACUACUCUCACCUCACGAGAUAUGGAGCUUUGGCGACAGGGAAAGGCAUUCACAUUCAGUGAUCCCUCUGUCGGUCGACAAUGGACCAUUUUCCCGUUCCUAUACCGACUCAAAGACUGCAGUGAAGGUGGCCGCGGCGAGGCGGGUCUUCAAAUUGACUGGGAGCAUGAAGGCUGGCAGUGGUAUAGUCCCGACGCAAUCCAAGACGAUGACAAGUUUGGUGGCGUACCACAUCUGAAAGAAAGCUUUCGACGAGUCUGGUUCGAAGUUGACAUGAAUGAUGGCGCUAGCAAGGCACUGAUAACUGGCCUGAAACAGCUAAAGGCAGAUCAUCAGAGCGGAUCGCACGAGCUGACCUCGAUUGCGCUGCGGGCCUACCGAGAUGUUAUUGCGCAGAUGCACGAGGAUAUUGACACGCAGUGGUGGGAGAAUGCUCGCAUGGCUGCAUGGCAUCUGUGGAAAAAUGGACGAGAAAGCAUGGGGGCAGCCACCUUGAAUGCAUUUCUCGGAUUGCUGGCCGACAUGGAAGUUAUCAUACAUGAGAAUCUCGACUCCACGGUCAAACGGGAACGCUUGUUGGCUUUGAUCGACCAGCAUUUGGACAAGCGCAAGGAGAUGCCCAUGCGCAUCAAGCACUCCUUUGCGACCUAUCUUGAAUCCAAGUUCUUGUCUACAACACGCUCCAGGCCUACGCCCUCUCUCGUUAUUCUCACCCUCUCGUCGAGCUCUACCAUCCGGGACAGCAUCAUAGAAGCCUUCGCGUCUCUUCCAAUUCCUAAUCUGGAUCUUCGCAUACUGGAAUCUCGUCCGCUUUGCGAGGGUGUCAAUAUGGCAUCUUCCAUCCUCUCUGCCUUCAAAACAAGAUUUCCCUCAUCUUCCGAUCGGCAUCUCAAAUUAACUGUGUACACCGAUGCAUCCGCCGCUCUUGCCAGCAAGGACGUAGAUUUCAUCCUGCUAGGGGCAGAUCGGAUCUCGGAUUCAGGCUCAGUGAGCAAUAAAACUGGAUCUUUGCCAGCUGUUCUGAGUGCCAAGCAUGUCUGUCCUGCCGCCAAAGUCUUGGUUCUCAGUGAGCUGGAGAAAGUGGCCGAGCCUGACGCCGAGAGCAAUCGGAGCCAGGAAGAGAAUGAUCCAAAAGAGCUGGUGGGCUGCUGGGUGGAAUAUGGCAUCAAAGGACUUAAUGCUAUUGCUGAGGGAAUUGAUGCUGAUCGAGAUAACACAAACUACACAGUUGAAGUUAAGAAUAUUUACUUCGAAUGGGUUCCGGCUGAACUCAUAGAAGCGUAUAUCUGUGAAGAGGGGACUUUGGACGCCACUGCUAUUCAAGAGAAGGCUCAACAAGUAAAGCAAAAGGCGGACAGAUACUUUGGUCAACUUUGA